UUUAUCUAAACUAUUCUGGAUAAAAAUAAUCAAAAUGUCUCCUAUUUAUACUCCAACGGGUGCUCUCUUGAUGGCCUUCAAGUUCAAGGAAGACUUCGUAGCUGGACUUGUAAAAGAAUUGCCACGCAUGAAUAAGAACAAGGAAGAAUACAAUUGGCUGACACCAGAAGAUUUGAACUGCGUGAUGAAGGACUUGGGAAAAAUGCUAGAUCAGUGCGCCGAUUUAACUAAUCUGAGCGAGCUUCGGGAGGAGACACAGUUAGACGUUUCCAAGGCUAACCUCUCUGUGAGCGUUAAAGUAGCAGAUGAGUCGACAAAGGAAACUAUUCGCAAUUUUUGCGCCCCACUGCACGAUGCUAUCUCUCUGGAUUUGGUGGUUCGAUAUGUCGGAGAAGCAGAAUCCGUGGAUACAUCUCCAAGUGAUGGUGGCGCCCCAAUUCCAACUCAAGCAGGACACGCUUCUGCUUAAGUCUUCUACUGCUCGGGCCAACUUGUAGGAUCUGCCUGCUUGGAAUUUUGCUCAAAUUUCAGUCAAGCGCGUUUACAUUAAAGAGCAUAUAAUAAAAGACAA